UAAUACUGGAGAACAUAUUGACGAGGAAGCAUUCUUGAAGCAUCACAUGGAAAUAUAUCUAUAUCACUGUGUUGAAACCAUUGCUAAUAUUGUAUAUUCGCUACAUAAGAUUGUGUAUCCGAACGUCUUUUGUCGUCGUUUCAAACUAAAAACAAAAACAGUCGUACGUCCUGUGACAGUAUGUAGCUUUGAACGCACACCCCGGACUAACAACUUUCUUUAUUCAGAUCUUUCAUAAAGAAAAAUUGAACGUACAAAACGGAUCAUUGACGUGAAAAUGAACAAGUUUGUUUUUAUUAUCUUAAUCGUCUCAGUACUCUACGCUCGUGGAAAAGAGGAUUUGCUAAACAUAAAGGUUGGGUUGUUACUACCAAGGACAGGCUCUCUGGACUAUCUAGGAUGGGAAACGAACGCUGCAGCAACAACCAUGGCAAUUGAGAAGGCUCGCAUAGACGGCAUCUAUGAUCCAGAACGUGUUAAUGUUUCAGUAGCUUGGCGAGAUACAAAGUGCUGGGAAAGACAUGGAAUUGGGGCAGCUGUUGAACUGUUCAGAUACGAAAAUGUAUCUGCUUUCGUUGGUCCUGCGUGUUCUGAAGCUGCCGUUCCAGUGGGUCAUUUAGCCUCAUUUUGGAACAUCCCAAUGUUUGGACAUGCCUCAACGGAUCCGGUAUUAUCCAACAAAAGACUCUUCACAACUCUUCUCCGCCUGCUUCCACCCUACAACAAAAUGGGAUCAGCGUUCGUUGAAAUCUUUAAGUUUUAUGGAUGGAGACGGUGUGUGAUGCUAACAACACGCCUGGCGUCCUUGAUGAGUGAAGCGUCAAGAUCUGUUUUACAAAAGUUUCGGGAGUUUAACAUCACACUGGCAGAUUUCAUUGAAGUUAAUAGUAAUCUUGAUGACAGCGAUAUUGAUGAUUAUUUGAGAAGAUUUCAACAUCGGGGAAGAAUUAUCGUAUUGCUGUUAACUACAAAUGAUAUCAGACGAGUCAUGGUCCGCGCAAGACAUAUGGGACUGACGAACGGAGAUUAUGUCUUCUUGACUACACUUUAUAUUCUGCCAACUGACGAGGUCUUGCGUCCAUGGGUAGCUAACAAUACCGGCGAUUUUGGAGCCAAAGAUGCAUUUCAAUCUCUAUUACACGUCACUGUUGCAUCUGUGAAAACACCAAAAUCAGAUGCGUUCCGUGAACAAAUGGCGACUGAAAUGCGCAAACCUCCUUGGAACUGGAACACUAACAUUUUCGGCGGGGACAUCAAGGGUUCGAUGUUUUCCCUGUUUCUCCACGAUGCUGUCUAUCUCUAUCUUCUCGCCUUGAACGCUACGAUUUCAAACGGUUUAGACUAUAAAAAUGGAUCCAUGAUAUUCGCCAUGGCAAAAGAAAUGGAAUUUGACGGAAUGAGUGGUAGGGUAGUGCUUGAUGAUCAGGGAGAGAGGGAACCUGACUUCUGGAUCUGGCAACUUCCCCCAGGGAAAGAUGAGUUCGAAUACAUGGCAGAAGUGAAAAACACUGGAAAAGAAGGCCAGCGAGUCCAUGUUCUGAACAAGCCCUAUUGGCAAACGAAGGAUGGUAGUGUUCCGCUAGACACCCCAGCGUGUGGGUUUUUUAAUGAAAAAUGUCUGGAAGAGGAACAAAACAGAGGGCUUGAUAUUGCCAUUAUUAUGAUAGUUGGUGGAGCUGCCGUGUUGUGUAUGAUGUUGACAGGGGGAUAUCUACUAUACAGACGGAGGAGAAAUGAGGGUGAAGACGAGAUGAUGUCAUGGAAGAUCGAGUAUGAAGAUUUGAAGUUCAAUGUAAAAGUAAAGAAAGGAAUCGGAAGUACUGCUACCAAAUCAACCGGAAGUCAGAUGUCUAAAAGCAAUCUAGACAAUCGUUCCAAGAGUAAUAACAGCUCUUCGCACGUCGAUCAGUCCAGUCAGGAAGGCGUGACGAGCCAGGAGAGGCAAGAUAGAACUGUUGGAAUGUAUAAAACAGUGACUGUAUGGGUGAAAUACAUCCACGCUGGAAUACUUCUCACCAAAGAAGACCACAAGGAACUCAAAGUGAUGAAAGACUUGAGUCAUGAGAAUGUUAACCAGUUUGUCGGAGUUUGUAUCGUUCCACCAAAAGUUUGCAUUUGCUUCGCAUUUGCCGCUAAGAGAAGUCUGCAGGACAUCAUUUCUAAUGAGGACAUCAAACUGGAUUGGAUGUUUAAACAGUCACUAAUCUCAGACAUCGUCAAUGGUAUGGAGUAUAUCCAUGGCUCAUUGUUGGUCUCCAAUGGUAAUCUGAAGAGUAGCAAUGUUGUUAUUGAUGGUCGUUGGAUGCUCAAGAUAUCUGACUAUGGUCUACAGUCUUUUCGGAUGGCCACUGCCAGAAAGAAUUCAAAGGGCGAAUUCGCAGCAUAUUAUGCAAAGCUGUGGCGAGCUCCCGAGCUGCUGAGGAUGGCAAACGCUCCACAAAAAGGAACUCAAAAGGGAGACAUUUAUAGCUUUGCCAUCAUUCUGCAAGAAAUAAUAUUUCGCACUGGACCCUAUCAUCAGACUGAAAUCCACCCAAAAGAUAUCGUAGGGAGGGUUGCUCGAGGUGAUAACCCACCAUAUCGACCUGAUGUACCUGCAACGUCCGAAGAGGGAAACACUGCGAUAGCCAUGAUAGAACUUAUGCGAAACUGCUGGCAUGAAAACCCAGACUAUCGCCCUUCUUUUACUGACAUUAAGAAACAGAUGACAAGUGAAAAUCGGGGCAGGAAGUAUAAUAUCAUGGACAAGAUGCUGAUGAAAAUGGAAGCUUAUGCGAAUAACCUUGAAGAAGUUGUGGAGCACAGAACACAGGAACUGAUGGAGGAGAAGAAGAAGACUGAUACACUGUUAUACAGAAUGUUGCCGGGACCUAUUGCUGAGAGUUUGAAGACUGGGAAAUCUGUCCACCCAGAACUAUAUGAUACAGUGACUGUUUUCUUCUCAGAUAUAGUGGGCUUUACAAGGUUAUGCUCAAAAAGUACACCAUUACAGAUCGUCACUCUUCUUAAUGACCUUUAUACACUUUUCGAUGAUGUCAUUGCCAAAUAUGAUGUAUAUAAGGUGGAAACUAUAGGAGAUGCCUAUAUGUGUGUGAGUGGACUACCUCUACGAAAUGGUAACAAACACGUUGCUGAAAUAGCAGACAUGGCCCUCGACUUGCUCAGUUCUAUAGCUUCUUUCAAGAUCAGGCACAGACCAAAUAAACAGCUACAGGCUAGGAUAGGGAUCCACACCGGCCCAUGUGCAGCAGGUGUUGUUGGGACACAGAUGCCUCGGUACUGUCUAUUUGGUGACACUGUCAAUAUGGCAUCCACUAUGGAAUCAACAGGGGAAGCAUUACGUAUACAGAUGAGCCAGGAGGCAGUAGAUGUUCUCUUGGAACACACAGGCUACAUGGUGAAGGAAAGAGGCGAUGUGGAAGUAAGAGGAAAGGGAAAUCUGACGACCUAUUGGUUGACUGGUAAACGGGGUUUCCACAAGCCGCUCCCCAAACUCAGUGUUGACUUAUCAAGUGGUGACAUGAAUGGACGUAUGACUCAAGAUAGUGACUGAUGUCAUAAAACAUGACAGUUCCUUCCAAGGGAUUAAAUUUAAUGAGGUUGGAAAUAAUCACGGCUUGAUGAAGCAAGAUUUGUAAUCUUAGAAACGAAAUCACCGAAACAUCGUCGCCUGACAAUGUAAUACCAGAAUCAGUCAUCCUGGAAGAGACAAAGACUGUCAUUGUUUUUUACAUUUACAGUUUCCGGGGAGUGAAUUUUAUCUUAUAUGUAUUAUAUGACAGACUAUUGUGCAAGAUAUUAGUAGUAGGUAGAAAGUAUUCUGUUCGUUAAUCUUAAAAUAUUUUAUUGGCAUUCCUAAACAGCACAAGUUUAAAAAAUGAACUAUACUACUCCGUAAAAUUAUGGUGUAAUUUAGUACAAAAAUAAUCUACAUACAUUAAAGGAAUGUACCACUUUUUGAACACCCUGUUUUUAAACGUUAUUGUUAUAUUAUGUUUUCUAAGUUCUACGAGAUGAGCGUGUUUAUUUAGGUUUAACGCCAAAGAUUCUGUUGAAUCUUUGAAAGAUUUUUAAACUCUUAUUAAAUAGGUACGAAUUAUUGUGAAUGGUACAUUUUGUUUAGUGUUUGUUAAUCAAUGUAGUCGACGUAUUUUAUCGUAAUUAAACGAUUUUUUAAUUGUAAAAUGAUGUUAUUACUAGAACAUUGCUCAAUCAUUAAAUGUGCUAAUUACUAUAUGGAAAUGUGCAAUUUAAAACAAAUUAAACAUCACUUAGUGAGCGUUUAUUGCAUGUUCUUAUGUAUGUUAUAAAUUCAUUAUCAUGUCGAUAUAUUGAUACAAAACUAUUUUAGAUGGAAGUUAUUUCCUGUUUAAAUAUUCGCUAAACUAACUUCGCUGUCGACUUUCAGCUCUGAUAUGUGCUAUGUACACUUCCCUCAAUAACACGGGGUGCGAUCGAAAGAUUAAUCCACUAUGACGGAGCA